AUGGACGAUGGGGAACAAUCUGUGAUCGCAAAUUUCACCGACAUACCUGUGAGAGUGAGGUUACAAGGACCAUCAAGUGAAAACGGCACUGGUCGUGUUGAAGUAUUAUAUCAUGGACAUUGGGGAACAAUCUGUGAUGAUGGAUGGGAUAUAAGAGAUGCUACGGUUGUUUGUCGUCAACUUGGUUAUCGAGAUGUCGUUCGAACUCUUCAGAAAAACGAUGUUCCUUCUGGCUCAGGUCAAAUAUGGUUAUCGUACGUCUCUUGUAGCGGAGAUGAGCGAAAUAUAACAAAUUGUUCUUACAAUGGCUGGGGCAAAACUCAUUGUUCACAUCAUCAAGACGCAGGAGUUGAAUGCACGAAUACAGAUUUCACUGGUAUACCUGUGACAGUGAGGUUACAAGGACCAUCAAGUGCGAAUGGCACUGGUCGUGUUGAAGUAUUAUAUCAUGGGUAUUGGGGAACAAUCUGUGAUUAUGGAUGGGAUAUAAGAGAUGCUAGGGUUGUUUGUCGUCAACUUGGAUAUCAAGACGCCGUUCGAAGUCUUCAGAGAAACGAGGUCCUUUCUGGUUCAGGCCAAAUAUGGUUAUCUGGGGUCUCUUGCGCCGGAAGUGAGCAAAAUAUAACAAAUUGUUCUCACGGUGGUUGGGGAAAUCAUCGUUGUUCGCAUCAAAAAGACGUAGGAGUUGAAUGUACAAAAACAGAUUUCACUGGUAUACCUGUGACAGUGAGGUUACAAGGACUAUCGAGUAAAAACGGCACUGGUCGUGUUGAAGUAUUUUAUCAUGGAUAUUGGGGGACAAUCUGUGAUUACAGAUGGGAUAUGAAAGAUGCUAAGGUUGUAUGCCGUCAACUUGGUUAUCCAGAUGUUGCAAAGAUUUUACAGAGGAACGAGGUUCCUUCUGGUUCAGAACAGAUAUGGUUAGAUAACGUCAAUUGUACUGGCGAAGAACAAAAUAUCUCAAGCUGUUCUCAUCCAGGUUGGGGGAUUUACGGUUGUGAUCAUUCUCAAGACGCCGGCGUAGAAUGCAGUACAACAGAAUUUACAGCUACGCCUGUGAGACUAAGAUUGCAAGGCCCAUUAAGUGCAAAUGGUACUGGUCACGUUGAAGUACUCCAUCAUGGAUAUUGGGGUGCAAUAUGUGCUCGUGGAUGGGACAGAGAAAAUGCUAGGGUUGUAUGUCGUCAACUUGGUUAUGAUCCAGACGGUGCAAAGACUUUUCAGUGGAACCUAGUCGCUCCUGCCCCUGGACCGUUAUGGUUAAAGAAUGUCCGUUGUAUUGGAAAUGAACAGAAUAUUACAAGUUGUUCUUAUGAUGGUUGGGGGUUUACAUCUUGCUCCUCCGAUGGAGUGGCAGGUGUACAUUGCUACACGAUAGACUUCACAGGUGUAGCUGUCAGACUCAGAUUACAGGGACCAUUAGGUACGAAUGGCGCUGGUCGUGUUGAAGUAUUAUAUCAUGGAUAUUGGGGGACAAUCUGUGAUCGUAGAUGGGAUAUAAAUGAUGCCCGGGUUGUUUGUCGUCAACUUGGUUAUCGAUAUGUCGUUCGAACUCUUCAGAGAAACGAUGUUCCUUCUGGUUCAGGCCUAAUUUGGUUAUCCGACCUCUAUUGCACGGGAAAUGAGCAAAAUAUAUCAAGUUGUUCCCACGAUGGUUGGGGGAGUCAUCGUUGUUCACAUAAUGAAGACGCGGGAGUUCAUUGCACAAAUACAGACUUCACUGGUGUACCUGUCAAACUCAGAUUACAAGGACCAUUAAGUGCCAGUGGCACUGGUCGUGUUGAAAUAUUCCUUUACGAUUUUGCAGUUGUAUUACAAGGGCCGUUAAGUUCAACGGGCACAGGUCGCGUUGAAGUAUUCUACAAUGGACGUUGGGGAACUAUUUGCGAAGAGGGAUGGGAUUUGAAAGAUGCUCGUGUUGUUUGUCGUCAGCUUGGAUAUAAAGAUGCUGCAAGGGUACUUCACGAUGGCCAGGUGCCUUCAGGUUCUGGCCCAAUAUGGUUGUCUGACGUAGAUUGCAAAGGUGAAGAAAAAAGUAUAGCAACUUGCUCUCACAAAGGUUGGGGCUCUAAUCAUUGCUCUCGUCGCAGGGACGUCGGGGUGGAAUGUACAACAAAAGACUUUACAGAUACGCCUGUAUCGAUCAGAUUACAAGGGCCUUCGAGUAGAAAUGGUACUGGUCGAGUUGAAGUAUUCUAUCAUGGAUAUUGGGGAACAAUCUGUGAUUAUACAUGGGAUAUGAGAGAUGCCAGGGUUGUAUGUCGUCAGCUUGGUUACCAAGAUGUUGCUGGAGUUCUUCGAAGAGGCGAGGUUCCAUCAGGUUCUGGGCAGGUAUGGUUAGCUCGCCUCGCUUGCACUGGAAAAGAACAAAAUAUUACAAGUUGCUCUCAUAGUGGUUGGGGUGUUGAUCCUUGCUCUCAUCGUGAAGACGCUGGCGUAAUAUGUAGUACAACAGAUUUAUCAGCUACACCUGUCGGUCUAAGAUUACAAGGUCCAUUAAGCACGAAAGGUAUUGGUCGUGUUGAAUUGUCGUAUCGUGGAUAUUGGGGGACAAUUUGUGAUUCUGGAUGGGAUAUGAGGGAUGCUAGGGUUGUAUGUCGUCAACUUGGUUAUAAAGAUGCUGCAAGAAUUCUUCAGAGGAGCGAAGUUCCUUCUGGUUCAGGGCAGAUAUGGUUAUUUAACGUCACUUGUACUGGCGAAGAACAAAAUAUCUCAAGCUGUUCUCAUCGUGGUUGGGGGAUUUCUUAUUGUGAUCAUUCUCUAGACGCUGGUGUAGAAUGCAGCACGACAGAAUUUACAGCUACGCCUGUGAGACUAAGAUUGCAAGGCCCAUUAAGUGCAAAUGGUACUGGUCACGUUGAAGUACUCCAUCAUGGAUAUUGGGGUGCAAUAUGUGCUCGUGGAUGGGACAGAGAAAAUGCUAGGGUUGUAUGUCGUCAACUUGGUUAUGAUCCAGACGGUGCAAAGACUUUUCAGUGGAACCUAGUCGCUCCUGCCCCUGGACCGUUAUGGUUAAAGAAUGUCCGUUGUAUUGGAAAUGAACAGAAUAUUACAAGUUGUUCUUAUGAUGGUUGGGGGUUUACAUCUUGCUCCUCCGAUGGAGUGGCAGGUGUACAUUGCUACACGAUAGACUUCACAGGUGUAGCUGUCAGACUCAGAUUACAGGGACCAUUAGGUACGAAUGGCGCUGGUCGUGUUGAAGUAUUAUAUCAUGGAUAUUGGGGGACAAUCUGUGAUCGUAGAUGGGAUAUAAAUGAUGCCCGGGUUGUUUGUCGUCAACUUGGUUAUCGAUAUGUCGUUCGAACUCUUCAGAGAAACGAUGUUCCUUCUGGUUCAGGCCUAAUUUGGUUAUCCGACCUCUAUUGCACGGGAAAUGAGCAAAAUAUAUCAAGUUGUUCCCACGAUGGUUGGGGGAGUCAUCGUUGUUCACAUAAUGAAGACGCGGGAGUUCAUUGCACAAAUACAGACUUCACUGGUGUACCUGUCAAACUCAGAUUACAAGGACCAUUAAGUGCCAAUGGCUCUGGUCGGGUUGAAGUAUUAUAUCAUGGAUUUUGGGGAACAAUCUGUGAUCAUGGAUGGGAUAUGAGAGAUGCUAGAGUUGUUUGUCGUCAACUUGGUUAUCCAGGUGCUGUCAGGGCACUCCAUAGUCAACAGGUUCCUUCCGGUUCUGGUCAGAUAUGGUUAAAUGAAGUUUCUUGUACUGGGAAAGAGGAAAACAUAACAAGUUGUCCUCAUUAUGGUUGGGGGGUUCAUAAUUGCGUACAUGACGAAGAUGCUGGAGUUGAAUGUUCUACAAUAGAUCCCACGGGUCAUUCUAUAGCUGUAUAA